AAUAGUUCUGGAAACUGCAAAAAAAAAAAAAAAAAAAAAAACAAAGAACUUGACAAAAGACAUGGCUGCAAUCCCAUCUUCGACAUUUGUGCCUGCUAGAUCUACACUCUAUGGGCUUCGACAUAAUAAGCUUACUUCAUUGGGUCAACGCCACCAAUAUCCCACUAAACAUUCUGUCUUCAGAGUCCAAGCUGCCAAGCUCCCUCCUGGCGUGGUAGUGCCGAAAGUAGAGCCUAAGUUCAAGCCUGCUUUUCUAGGCUUCACGACAACUGCUGAAGUUUGGAACUCAAGAGCAAGCAUGAUUGGUCUCAUCGGAGUAUUCAUAGUCGAACUUAUACUGAACAAGGGGAUACUACAACUUAUAGGUGUGGAGAUUGGAAAAGGACUCGAUCUUCCGCUCUGAAGACACUCUAAUUUGUUAAAUUUUUUGUGUACUAUAUACUGAAAAAUACACUGUAAAACUUUAUUUGCAAUACAUAUCUCCAGAUAGUGUAUUCAUGUACCAUUGCUAUUUACCUGAAAAACACUUGAAACGAGUGCUUUGUAGUCGA